AUGCCAUUUGUCAGUAUUAAGGUUGUUUUCUCAUCUACCUCCUCGUUCUUUGUGUGGGCUUUCUCUUUCGAGGUGGAUGAUAUGAAGCUUUCUGGAAGAUUGCCAGGACGUACAGACAAUGAAGUGAAGAACUACUGGAAUCCUCGUUUGAGGAGAAAGCUUAUAAACAUGGGCAUCAAUCCUAAUCAUCAUCGUUUAAAUCAUAGUCUUCCUCACCUUCAAAGUCUCGGUGCAUCAACUAGUACAACGUCGUCUGCUUCGAAAAGCCAUGAAUGUCAGCCUGUGAAAUGUCAUGUUGAUAAUAAUCAGGUCUCUGAUGCUGUCAGUGUUUUGGAAGAUGACCCAAGAGGCUUGCCUGAUCUGAACCUUUCUCUCACAUUGGACGUUCCCUCUCAUUCAAUUGCCAAUGCUGAAGAGUAGAGUAUCACUUGAAAUACAACUUGAACAUGAUCCAUCCCCACAGCACUACUCCUAUUUGGCUAAUAAAAUGCCACGAUAUGGACAGAAAAUCAGAUCUCGGGUCGGGUCUCAUUCUGAAUUUUAAUAGACAUAUGGAAGGGCAGGGUGUAAUUAAAUUGAUUUUGUUCAUGGGGUUUGAGACAAUCAAUUUAUUGGUGAAAUUUCUGCCCCAUUGGAGGAGGAGCAGCAAGUAUGAUAUUACCCUUACCCAAGGCUUGCAGUCAAUCAUUA